UCGCGAUGGUAAUGUAUCUCACAAUGAGAAGCUCAUCGUCCAUCGAUCCUGCUCUCUAAGUUCAAAUAAAACCAAAUGUUUUUACGCGAAUCGACUUCAUAUUGCAGUAGCUUCGCACAAACACGGAGGUAAGUGAACUACUCGCAAUAUGGUGGAAGCUUUUACAACAAAUUAAAUCGUUUGUCUACCGGUUUGACUAGUCUGCAAACACGCAAAAAAAAACCGCUAGGUAUAUUUAAAAUUCGCCCGGCUGACUUUAUAUCUCUCAGGCAUCGAUCGUAUAGGUAACCUUAAACUUGAAUUUGAAACCGCAUAACUACGGACAAGUUUUCCCCAUUUUCCAAUUACUUACAUCUCGCGAUCUCGCGGUUUUUCAACUUUUUUUUUCGGUGCUUGGUGCAUGAUAAAUGAUGUGUAUUUUUCGAGAACUCGCGUAGUGUUGAUGUUGAUACCUUUGAUGGUACUGUGUACGCGGAUAUGGUAGCGAAUUCUUCGUGACGAAUAUGAUAUUGUCAUUUGUUGUGUUCGGAUGUCUGGCGUGGACCUCGUGUAGUGCUUUCGACUUGGUGACCGGCGUCGGUGGUGGAAAAGCGUGGUACGAUCAUUUGCCUAAUGAGAACCUUACAGGAGUUCCGAAACGGAUAUUGGAUAACGAGCAGUAUUAUCCGGCUUUUAAAGAUCUUUGGUUGUCGAUAAUUGGCAAGACCGGCAAUAACGAAAGAGUCAUCAAGGAAGCCAGGAAACGACAGAAAGUACAGAAGAUCAUCGACGACAAUGUUCCAUUUCCUUGCGACCUGAGCUUAGCAAGAUCGCCCGAGAAGCCCUCGAGUGUCCAUACUCUGAGACCUGGAGAUAUAGACGUGGUGGCUGCUCUAGGAGAUAGCUUAACUGCUGGAAAUGGAGCUCUAGCUUUGAGUACGCAACACGUCAUGGUCGAGAAUAGGGGUCUGGCUGCUCUGAUAGGAGGCCAAGCUACAUGGAGGAAGUUCUUAACGUUACCUAAUAUCCUCAAAGAAUUUAAUCCUAAAUUGAUCGGAUACGCUUUGGGCGACUCGUUCACACAUCACAGAGAAUCGCAAUUUGACAUCGCCGAAAUCGGAGCCAUGAGUCAGGAUUUACCGUUCAUGACCAGGCAACUGGUCAAGAGAAUUAAAAAAGACCGCAGGGUUGACUUCCAAAACGAUUGGAAGUUGAUUACUGUGUUGAUGGGAUCGAAUAAUUUCUGCAUCGAUAUUUGUUACUUGCCAAAUGCCCUUACGAGUAUAGAAGAACAUAAGGGUCAUUUAAUCAAAUCUUUAGAGUUCCUCAGAGACAAUAUGCCUCGUACUAUUGUUAGUCUUGUACAAUCUCCUAAUUUAAAAGCUCUAGUCAAUUUUGAAUACUUCCCACCAGUUUGCGAGUUACUCCACAAGUUCGAAUGCCCUUGUCUUUUUACCCUUCAGCAUAAACCUAGGUAUCAAGAAUAUGUUCAAACUAUGGAUGGAUGGCAACGAGUCGAAGAGGAAGUGGCGAACGAUGAACGUUUCAAAACAAAGGAAGAUUUCGCAGUUGUACUUCAACAGUUCACCAAGAACAUAACGUUUCCUCCAAAACGCCAACCUAAUGGUCAAGUUUUAACUGAUUUAACGUAUUUGUCUGAUGAUUGCUUCCAUUUCAGUCAGAAGGGGUAUUCUAGAGCAUCGAACGCUUUAUGGAACAACAUGCUAGAACCAGUCGGUGCCAAGUCGAUAAAUUGGAAUACAGAAUUCGCCAAGUUCCUCUGCCCUACGCAAAGUUCACCAUACAUACGGACCUGGAGAAAUAGCUGAUGAUGAUACCGAUACUUAGCCCAAAGGGAGCAGCCGUUGGUUGUAGUUUGAUACUUGUAUAUCAAACAUCAAAUCAAUUGGCACAAGUUACCAUCAUAAUGCACUAUAAGUAAUAAUAAAGGUCAUAGCCACGGGCUAUUCGACAUAAUGAUGGCGAUACGUGUCUCCUCUUAAUCGUUUGUCAAUUGUGAUAUUAAAAUAUUUCUUAUUUUAAUUUUAUUCUGUAAUAUUGUGGUCACGUCUUGCUUUUGUGGCCGGCAUCGCAUCGUACACAUUUUUCUGGUGUACUGUCUCAUUGAAAACAACACCGAGAGAGAUGUUUAUUAUCAAUAAUAUGAGUACAUUUUUAUAUACGCGUAUAUUUUUUAUACAAUAUACUUUAUGUAAUAAUAGUAUUAUGAAAAUGCAAAAAAAAAAAAAUAGUAUAACUCAUA